AUGGCUACGCGCCCGAGACCGAACCCGGACGCCUGGGACUCGGACUUCGAGGUCCAGAGCAGCGAGGACGACAGCGCCGAGGACGACGUGCAGGACUCGGACAGCGACGAGGCCAUGGCGCCGGCCGCGUUCCGGACGCCGCGGCGCGCGCGGCGCCGCGCGCGGCCGCCGCCCGCGCCGCGGAAGAAGCGCCGCGGCCUCGUCGACGAGUCGAGCGACUCGAGCGACGAUGAUGAUGGCGCGCCGCCGCCCGGCUACGCCUACUGCGCGGUCUGCCGCCGCGACGUCCACGCGGACUCGUUUUCUGCAGCUGUUUUAAGGGGCGACUACGGCUACAACAUGGCCGAGCCGUACUGCCUGGCGCACUCGCCGCAGGAUCUGCGGGACUACCGGGCGAGCGGCGAGGGCGGCGCGUCGCGGCUGCAGACGACGACGCUAGACAGCGGGCGGCGGGCCUUUGCGCGGGCCGACCGCGACGACCCGCUCGUCGCCGCCGACGCUCUCGACGCCGCGGCCGUCGCCGCCGGCUCGGACUCCGACGACUCGUCGGACUCGUCGGACGACGACGCGCCGCCGCCGCCGCGCCUGCGCCGCCACGCCGACGCCGCGAGCCCGCGGCGCCGUCUGGAUUUUGACGACGUGUCCGACGACGAGGAGGAGGCCAGGGCGCCCGAGGCGGAGUGUGCCAUCUGCCUCGCGCCGAUCCGCGACGAGGAGGCGUUCUCGACGGCGUGCGCGCACCAAUUCCACACGGCCUGCGUGGCGCAGCAGGCGGCGCACGACCGCGCGGCGCGGCGCGAGCGCGGCGGUGUUGCCCAGGCGCAGCGCUGCCCGCUGUGUCGGACGCCCUUCCCUGAAGUCGUCGCGGCGGCGGCGCGCGGCGCGGCGACCGAAUUGGCCACGCGCGAGACGGCUGAUUUGAGACCAGGGAUGAAUGUGGAAGUGCAGUGGGAGCUCGACGGCGCGCCGACGUGGUACCGCGCGAAACUCGUCCGGCACCUCGGGCCCCACAGCCGCCAUACCACAAUUAAUCCGAACGAGCUGCCGGAUCGGUUUCUGGCCGCGCGGGGCUUCAUGAUGAAGUACGACGGUGAGAGUGAAGAGCGCGGCGCGUGGCUCGCUUCGGAUGGCCUAUUAUUGGACGCGACCGAGGGCAUCUCGAUGCACUGGCGGCCGGCGCGGCGGCGCCGGCGGCGCGUCGCAUGAUUGCCUUGCUCGG